CAAGUGAAACAAACAUCUCUUAGAAAAAAAUAUUAAAGGUUCUCUCUCUCUAUUUCUCUUGUGGUGAGAAACAAAACAAGUAGAGAUCUCUUUCUGCCUAUCUAUUGCGUUCUUCUCGUUCUAUGAUAAAACGAUCUCGAGUAUUCCAAAAGAGCAAGAUGUCUAUAAGAAAAAUCUACCGAUGUCUAAAUUCUUUAAUCAAAAGAUCAUGGAUUACCAGAUGGGCUGCAAUAGCUCGUGGAUUACCAGGAAGAACCGAUAACGAAAUCAAGAAUUACUGGAACACUCAUAUCAAAAAACGUUUGAUCAAGAAAGGUGUUGAUCCGCUUACUCACAAAAGCAUAUCAGCAAAUUUGCAGGAUAUUCCGGAGAAACAAGACAUUAAUCAGACAAUUAUAAUGAGUGAUGAUGGUCCUGAUCAUAGUGCGAAGGUGAAGAAGUCGGCUAGGUUCUUGAACAGAGUAGCUAAUAGAUUCGGAAAGAGAAUCAACCAGAGUGUUUUGUCUGAAAUUAUUGGUAGUGGUGGCACACAUACUACUAUUACUACAAGUGCCACCGUUGACUCCGAAUCAGAUAAGUCAGCGAGCUCUUCCUUCGCACCAACCUCAAAUCUUCUUAUGACCGCUAACGGUAACGCUACGUCGUCUCCGUCCGCAUUUUCUGAGUCAUCCAUUAACGAUCGAUUAAUGUACUGGGAUAAGGAGGAUAAUAUCGAAUUUUCAACAUUUCUGAAUGAUGAAGAUUUCAUGGUGUUGGAAGAGUCUUGUGCUGAGAACAAUGAGUUCAUGAAAGAGCUUACGAGGUUUCUUCAGGAGGAUGAGACGGACAACAAAGAAAUGAUGCCCGUCAAUGAACAUCAAGACAGUUUUGAAGAUAUUGAUAACUAUUUUGCAUGAGUGAAUCUUCUGAUAAACCCCACAUGGUCAUUUCAAUAUGAUCCUGUGAUAGAUGAUUAUGUUGAUAAGUGAUGUUGAACCAUGCAUGUAGCUUGUGUUGUCAUAUGUGCGUGUCGUUUUGGUGUUUUUCCUUCUUUUUUUUUGUUUUACUUUUCUGUAAGUUUGGCGUCAAGUGUGUUUCGUUUAUG